AUGGACGACUCGCCGGAGAAGUUGACUAUCACCGUCGACGAUAUCUUAAAUCAAAUCGUCUCCGCCGUCAACAACUUCUUCCAGUAUCUGACCGGUGCAUUCAACAAGGAUUUCCCACCAGACACUCCUCGCCCCUGGCUCGACGUCGCCGCACCCUAUCUCAUAGCCGCCGCCGCCUUCAUCACGUGCCUGUGCAUCUCCCACUGCUUGUUCUGGUGCGUCUCCGCUGUUCUCAUCCGCUCCUUCAACGCCCUGUGCUCACUCGGUCGGUGUUUGUGCUGCUUAAGAAGAUCAGAUUCGGAUGAAUAUAUGAUGAUGAUAGCACCGGGUAGAUCUCCAUUAAUGUUACCAAGGGCUGCUUUUGAAGCUAAUCCUAGAGGUUACUUCCGUGACCUUCGUGGCCAGCCUAAUAAUUUUUCAUAUUCAGUAUAG